UCAUUAUACUUCACACUGUUAAUACAUCAAUCGAACCCGGGGUAAUUUGGUUUGAUAUGGUGAUAUGUAAUAAGUUUCUCUCUCUAGUAAUCAAUUUCCUCUGUUGAGAAAGAACCCCGAUUGGAUCUCUCUUUAUCUCUUUCCUUUCUCUCCAUCGGCGUCUGUGAACCUGUGAACGAAGAUCAAUGGAAAACGACGCCAUCGAUCGCCUGCUUCUCGUCCAUUCCGAUCUCUCCUCUCUCAUUCACCAGGACAUGCUGCUGGUUGUGUUUUUUUCAAGGAAUUAGUAGGUGGAGUUGUCAACUAGCAAGAUGAGUGGAGAGAAAAAGGUUCAAGAACUUCACAACUCUUCUACUGAUGAGGGUCCAAAAUCUAUAAAAGAUGAUGCGAUUUUUCAUACUUUUGGUCUCGAGCGUCGUGCGUCGUGGGAGUGUACGAGGACUGGGAUUUGGGGCAUUACCAUCUAAGUUUGAUGCACAAGUACACCAAAAUGAGCACGUGAGAAAACUUAAAGGCAAGGCGCUGGACUUAGAACAACAACUCGAUGAGAUAAGAGCCAUGCUUAUCAAAGAAAGAAGGCAAAAUGAUGGUACCAAUCCCUCCCAAAGAAGUUUCGAUCUACUCCAAUCUACUCCUCAUGACAACCUUCCAACUUCGGUGAAUGAAGUUGGUUUGUUACUGAAAGCAUUGAAGCUAUAAAAAUAUCUAAACGUGCUGGUUUUUCAAUUGCAAACCUUCUAACUAGUUUAGAUACAGUGGUAGCUGGUUGUGGGAUAACCAUAGGUGGUAGUCAAAGUGUUGCCUAAAGUUAUGAGAGGGUUCCCUUCUCGAUGCUAGCAUAUGAUAUGGUUCCCUUCUUGGUGCCAACCUAGUUGGGAUCAAGGUGAGGACAAAGUUAGAAUCUCUUGAUGGUAUAGUGCCUCCUAGCCAUGGUUUUUUUAUUAGCAGUACAGCCAUGAAAAAUGUGUGGUUGUCAAUGGAACACCAGGUUAUUUUGUGGUGUAAUCAACUUGUAGUGCAGGUGCUCCACACUUUCCUUAGUCUGAUGGACCCUGAAGCAGGUCAACCAUUUUGUGAUACACAAAAAAGACUUGCAGCAUUCACAAAGAUGCUUCAUAGUGGGAUGCCACUGAGUUCUAAUUGGUUGAGACAAUCACUAUUACCUCAACAGGCAACCCAUGAUCCCGUUCAAGAUGGAAAAAAAAUUACUGGAUCUCAAGGGCAUACGCUGGCUGCUUGUCCCAGUAAUGUUUGUUGGACUGAUGAUGGCCUUGAAAGGGACCUAUAUAUUCAGACAUCUAGUGUCACUGUUUUAGCGAUGGAUGGUAGAAGAUGUUCAACUGUUUUUAAGAGCUUCUUUAAUCGUAUUCCCUGUUCUUUUCAUGGCUCAAGCUUUCGGGCAAAGUUUGAGACAACGGGGUCCAAUGGAAAAGGCCACUUUGUACUUGUUACAAAUCUUGUCCCAUGUUCUGGGAUUAGAUUACAUCUUUGGCCUGAGAAAGGAAAAUCAGCAUCAGACUUGCCUGUUGGUAAAAGGGUUCUAGAAGUGACACAAAAAAUGGUGCACAUUCCAUCAGGACCAGCACCAAGGCAGAUUGAACCAGGUAGUUAGACUGAGCAAGCUCCUCCAUCAGCUGUAUUUUUGUUGGCUCCUGGGGAUAUGCAUGGUUUCAGAUUCUUGACCAUCGCAGUUGCACCUAGUCCGACUGUUUCAGGAAGGCCUCCACUUGUUGCUUCCAUGGCAAUUGGACAAUUCUUUAGUCCAGAAGACGGGGAAUUAGAGUUGUCUGCUCAGUUGUUGCUCCUCUCAACUUAUUCUCCGAAGGACAUAAUAUUGAAGGAGGACCAUCCACUUGCUUUCAAUGUCAUUUGCUAUUACCUUAGGCCUUUUUCCUGUUAAAAGGAUUUGGAAUAAGUAAAACUAAGACACAGUAUAUGGAGUGUAAUUUUAGUAACAGUUACAAUCUAUGAAGCACUGACUCCUCUUCGAGGGCUC